CAACACUCUUCCUUUUUAUGAUUCCUACCCAGCCCCCUUGUGUCCUUCCUGCCCUUCAGAUUCCCUCGUUCAAACCACGAUAUCAACGAGCAGUCACCGUUUCUUUGUUCGGGUGUCGCUCCUCCCUCGCUAUUUGCAUUUAAUACCAGAUUCUGUUGAGCAUCCUCACUCUCUUGGAUCUCUACUUCAAUUAAAUUUGUCUUUCUCAGCCAAAAGCGCCCAUUACUAUCCUCCCCUGGAUCUGAAUUGAGCUCAAACAGAAUCUCUAUCCGCAACAACUCCAAUUACACUCAAUAUGCGUACCUCAGCCCUCGCUGCCGUCGCCUUGGGCGCCAGUGCUGCCUCAGCAGCUUCCGUCAAGAGAGCCAGCAGCAUCACUCCUGUCACUGUCAAGGGAAAUGCCUUUUUUGCUGGCAAUGACCGAUUCUACAUUCGUGGUGUCGACUACCAACCCGGUGGCUCCUCCGACGUCGCCGAUCCUAUUGCCGACAAAGCUGGCUGCACCAGAGACAUUGCCGAAUUCAAAAAGUUGGGCCUGAAUACCAUUCGUGUCUACACUGUCGACAACACUGCGGACCAUGACGCGUGCAUGAGUGCUUUGGCAGAUGCUGGCAUCUACCUGGUUCUCGAUGUGAACACUCCCAAAUACUCAUUGAACCGAGCCGACCCCAACCCUUCAUACAACGAUGUUUAUCUGCAAAGCAUCUUUGCAACCAUCGACGCCUUUGAAAAGUAUGACAACACCUUGGCUUUCUUCUCCGGCAACGAAGUUAUCAACGAUCCAGAGACCUCGGCCGCUGCCCCUUAUGUCAAGGCUGUCACUCGUGACAUGAGACAAUACAUCCGCAACCGAGGAUACAGAACGAUUCCUGUUGGUUAUUCUGCCGCUGAUGUGAGCGAGAACCGUUUGGAAAUGGCCGAAUACAUGAACUGUGGUACUGACGACGAGCGAUCCGAUUUCUUCGCUUUCAACGACUACUCAUGGUGUGACCCGUCUUCCUUCACUCAAUCUGGUUGGGAUCAGAAGGUCAAGAACUUUACUGGCUACGGUCUUCCUCUGUUCCUCUCCGAGUACGGCUGCAAUACCAACACUCGUAAGUUCGAAGAAGUCACGUCUCUCUACAGCUCGCAAAUGACUGGUGUCUACUCCGGUGGUCUGGUCUAUGAAUACUCUCAGGAACCCUCCAACUACGGUCUUGUCGAGAUCAACGGUGACUCGGUCAGUGAGCUUGCCGACUUCACCGCCCUUCAAUCUCAAUUCUCCAAGACUGCCAACCCAACUGGAGAUGGUGGUUACAACUCAACUGGUGGCGCCUCUGGCUGCCCUACGUACUCAUCUCCUAACUGGCUCGUCAAGGAUGAUUCUCUUCCAGCCAUCCCCGAUGGUGCUAAGAAGUAUAUGUCCCAGGGUGCUGGUACUGGGCCUGGUCUCAGUGGUGCUGGUUCUCAAAACGCUGGUGGUGCUUCUACUGGAACCGCCACUGCGGGCAGUGGACAAGCUAGUCAAACUGGCUCCUCUGGCGGCUCCAGCUCCUCCACGAGUGGCGCUGUUGCUAUGACUGUUCCAGAAUGGUCUUUGGCUCCUUUGGUCUGUGGUGCUGUUGUUGUUAUGUCCACCUUUUUCGGUGCAGCGUUGUUGUAGACUGGCAUAGCACUGUUUGUACAGGAAGUUCAGUACUACAUUGAAUUCCAAAUGAGGCUUUUCUAACCAAAAGUCCGAUGAAUAUGGUCGUUGUCUCCUUUGUUUGAACAGAACAAUUGGCGGGUUACAGGGGAUUGACGGGGCGUUAUCAACAAAGCCUUGCACAUUGAUAUUUGGGUUCAUAUGCAAUAGACUUGCGUUUGGAAUGAAAUUAAUUGAUCGCAAA